UAUCACAUUGUCGCAUCCCGAAUUGCAAGAGCCCAGUUGUAAACGACACCUCCCGUGUAGUUGUUGCUGACCAAAACGACCCCACGCCCCAUCCCCAGUACAAAUCAGGUCUCAACCCCUCGCCCCCAACUUCCUGUCGCUUCCCCUUCUUCGCUCCCCCCCCGCUCGUUGACCUCCGAUUCUCCCCUCAUCGGAGCUCAAAUCUCCGAUCCCUCCCUUCAUAUCGCUUCACGGCAACCUUCUCUUCACCCAUCGCAAGAUCUAGUUGAAUCUCGACCGGUUCGAAGCUCUACUCACUCAAAUCCUCUUCAGAUCUGGGGGGUUUGAUUGCAAUUCUCACUCUGCUGCUCGGAUUUGUUCGUUUGAAAUGUCGAUUUUACCGAAAGGCGAUUCGGUUCAAAUCAGGGAGGUUUGGAACGAUAACCUCGAGGAGGAGUUCGCGUUGAUCCGCGAAAUCGUCGACGAGUAUAACUACGUGGCGAUGGAUACCGAGUUCCCUGGCGUGGUUCUCCGUCCGGUGGGGAAUUUCAAGAACAUCAACGACUACAACUACCAAACCUUGAAGGACAACGUGGACAUGUUGAAGCUGAUCCAAUUAGGUCUCACCUUCUCCGACGAAAACGGGAACCUUCCCACCUGCGGCACGGAGAGCCCCUGCAUCUGGCAAUUCAACUUCCGCGAGUUCAACGUCAGCGAAGACAUCUUCGCGAGUGACUCGAUCGAGCUGUUGCGCCAGUGCGGAAUCGACUUCAAGAAGAACAGCGAGAAUGGAAUCGACGUGAACCGGUUCGGGGAGCUCCUCAUGUCCUCCGGGAUCGUGUUGAACGACUCCGUGCGCUGGGUUACCUUCCACAGCGGCUACGAUUUCGGCUACCUCCUGAAGCUGUUGACAUGCCGGAGCUUGCCGGACACGCAGGCCGGGUUCUUCGAUCUGAUCAAGAUGUAUUUUCCGAUGGUAUAUGAUAUCAAGCACCUGAUGAAGUUCUGCAACAGCCUCCAUGGAGGGUUGAACAAGCUCGCGGAGUUGUUGGAGGUGGAGAGGGUUGGCGUCUGCCAUCAGGCUGGGUCUGAUAGUUUACUCACUUCUUGUACAUUUAGAAAGUUGAGGGAUACGUUCUUCAGUGGCUCCACGGAGAAAUAUGCUGGUGUCUUGUAUGGUUUAGGGGUUGAGAGUGGACAGACUAAUUGAAAUUGAAAGAGAAAAAGAAAAAAGGAAAGAAGAAUAUAAUUGGAUGUAGAGUACGUUUUAAGUGUGAGUCUCUUUUUACUUCGUGUACACUUCUGCCAAAAAAUGGUUGUUGUUUACUUGUAACAUUUUCAUCAUCAUCCUUGCUUGAACUGUAACUCAAACCCUAGCUGGUUUUGUUAGCUUGAGUUCUUUGUAAAUCAUCACUUCAGUUUAGUGUUUCAAAUUUAAAUAAUAACUUAUAUGAUGAUUCCCUUAGUUUGCUUUGCUGCAGCUAUUUGUUUCUUGUAAUCUUUGCUCAACUUAUAAUCAAUACCAACAACACUGUUCUCUGA